CUGCUGCAACAAUUAGAAAAAAAAAACUUGAUAAAGAAUUUGUUAAAUGGUUUCGUAGUAAUUAUGCAUCCAAUUUUGAAGUUCCACCAGAUUUAAACUAUAUAAAUAUAUGUCGGGGAUGUAAUAAAAAUUUAAACUUGCAAAAACCAUCGAUUGAAGAAGAAUCAGUAGAAGCUAUAGAUUUAACUAUUGAUAUAACUUCACAUAUUCAAGAACAUGAAGAAAUCAAACCUUUGCCAAAAAAAAAAUCUAUAA